UCAUAUUGCUCAACUUAAAGACACCAGAACAAAAUCUUGCAUUUCAAAACUGUCUUCAAAUGAUUAGUCAAUUAACUCUUAACUGCUGUUACCCUAUAUGGUGAGUUCUGCCAUCUCAAUAUAUAGCACUAAAGAAAAUUCAAGAAAAUUAAUUUUAAGAAAAUUAAAUUAAGGGAUAACUUGAAAAUAUAUUAGUUAUUGCAGAUUAAAUCUUGCAUGGAUGCUCCCAUUCAAAAAUUACAGUACUUUUGUUCAAUUUAAUUGAGUUGUUCUGAACUAUUAUAUAGAUGACCGCUGAGGGUGAGGAAUCUCAAAGAUGUAAUUUUACUUACAGUAAGGAUGUUUUUUAAUUCUAUUUGCAAUGUGAUCUCCUUAUGUAUUCCAUAAUCAGCCUUACUUACUACUGAGAGACAGUUAUGUUCUUCUCUUUCUGUAUCUGGAAAGGGGACAAAGUGACAUCAAGGGCAUAAGGGCAAUCUGAAUACACACUCUUGGCCAAAAGAAUUCAAAUUCAGGUGCAUGAGGACCCUUGAAUAUUGAGACUGUAACUGAUAAAUGUUUUGAAGAAUCUGAUAUCAUGAGCAUUGUACAGGUCCCUGGAGUGCCUCCACUCCUUCAUUUGGUUUAAUAACCCAGUAAAAAAUAAGUCCAGCCAUGCUUUCCAGAGAGCAAAGAAGCUGAGGAUUUCAGUGGAGAAGAUGCAGAAGUACAGGACAUGGCUGCUGAGGUACUUGGGAGGAGAGGUAAAGCAAUCGUUUCUUGGCUUUCUCUUUCACGUGCUUUUGCUUCCCCGUGAUCUGUACCUUUGUCCCCGUGACCUCUGUGACUGCCCAUGUGAGGUAGAAUCACUUUCUCCUCGUCCUGGAUGGGUUGAACUAGAUCCUGAAGUGCUAUGGAAUCAAUUUACUGGAGUAGUAAAAGAGGCUGUACAAUCUGCAGGACUUCACAUGAGGCAAAUUGCUGGUCUUGGCAUCUCCACCCAGAGAGGAACUUUCAUUACAUGGCACAAGAGGACAGGGAAACCCUUUCAUAAUUUCAUAAGUUGGCAAGACCUAAGAAGUACUGACCUUGUGAAUUCCUGGAAUAAGUCCCUUCUGCUGAAGGUAAUCCAUGCUAUUUUUACAGUGCUUCAUUUCUUGACUGGGAAUGAUCGAUAUUUGGCACCCAGUUUUCUUACUUUUUCAACACAUCAAACUUCUAUGAAGUUGUCAUGGGUUUUUAAAAACAUUCAUGAGGCUGAAGAAGCUGCCAAAAAAAAUAACUGCUGCUUUGGAACGGUUGACACGUGGUUACUGUAUAGAUUGACUAAAGGUUCUGUGUAUGCUACAGAUUACUCAAAUGCCAGCUCUACAGGCAUCUUUGAGCCCUUUACGAAAUGUUGGAAUCCUACUUUGUGUAAUCUUCUUUCUAUUCCAAUGUCUAUUUAUCCACCAGUGAAAGACACAAGCUUCAACUUUGGAUCAAGUGACUCUGAAAUAUUUGGAGUACCUAUUCCAAUAAUGGCAGUGGUAGCUGAUCAGCAGUCAGCUAUGUUUGGAGAAUGCUGCUUUCACCCAGGAGAUGUUAAACUGACUAUGGGAACAGGUGGUUUCUGGAAUGUGAAUACUGGAGAGCAUCUCUUUGCAUCACGAGGAAGUCUUUAUCCCCUGAUUGGUUGGAAGAUUGGGGAAGAAGUUGUCUACUUGACUGAAGGUUCUAUAUCAGACAUCGGCACUGCCAUAAAAUGGGCUCUGGAUAUAGAACUUUUCACUGAUGUAAACAAAACUGCAGAAAUGGCACAGAGUAUUUCUGAUUCUCAAGGUGUUUGUUUCAUUCCAGGUUUACAGGUUUCUGGGGAUGACCCAUAUUUAUGUGCCUCUUUCACAGGGCUGAAACCUUCCACUAACAGAAGCCAUCUUGUUCGAGCUAUAUUGGAAUCUGUAGCUUUCAGAAACAAACUGCUUUAUGAUAUCAUUGUGAGGAAGGUGCACAUUCCUCUUCAAACUAUUCGAGCUGAUGGAGGUGUCAGUAAUAAUAGUUUUAUCAUGCAGAUGACAUCAGAUUUAAUUAAUAAGAAAAUAGAAAAACCUGCAAAUGUGGACAUGUCUAGUCUUGGUGCAGCUUUUCUAGCAGGCCUUGCUUCAGGAUUUUGGACUGACAAAAAACAACUAAAGAAGCUAAGGCAAGUAGAAGCAGUGUUUGAGCCCCAAAAGGAUUCAGAGGAAUACAGAUCUGCUAUGGAUGCAUGGCUGCAAGCAAUGAAACACUCACCACACUGGUAGAAAUUGACAUUUUAAUUUUAGAAGAAUUAAGGUGGUUUAAUUCAUAUUUUAUAACAUCUUGACAUUAACAGAACAGUAAAAACCCAUAACUGAAAUUUGUGAUGGUGUAUUAUGAGUUGUGUGGUAUUUCAGUUCCCGUCCUGCUGCUGGAUUAUUUCCAUAAUUACCAUACUGUAAUGAACUUUCCCAUCAUCCCUGUGGCAGCUGUGGUCCAGCUGCAGCAUUUGUGUCCCUUCAGUGACCUCCUUUGGGUGGCCCAGCUGCUCAAGUCCUACCAUGUACUGCACGUGGGCUGCUCUCACUGCGGUGGGUUUUCUACUGAGCAACCUGCCUCCCUUCGGAUCUUUAAAAUCUUGGGUAUGUUAAUCAUCAAGGAAGGGUAAAAGGCACAUUUACUCCCCUAGGCAUUGCUAAGAAACAAAAUGAUUGUUGGGGCUGGGUUGUGAGGAAUUAAAUUGUGUACAAAGACCUUGUUUUGGUAGUAGCCUGUUACCACCUUUUGGCUGACACUAGGCACUGUGAUCACAUUAUUUGUGCACUAGAUCAAGAUGAAAUGCAAAAUGAAAUACAAAAGCAAAGGCUUUCAACGCUCCAUUAAAAAAAUCCAGGAUUUUUGUAGCUGAUACUUUGUAGCUAGCUUGUAGCUCAAUUUUUAAAAAUUUUGUAAAGACCAAAAGCAGUCUUAUCUGGAGUGGCCAGCACAGAUGCAUUAAAACUAGUGCCAGGUAUGCUAUCUAACUUGUAAAAAUCUGUACUGUUAGUAUCUUCAAGGCCAUUUUUAAAUCCUAUUAUUAUUAGUUAAAAGGGAGUAAAAAGUCUAUUUUUGAAGCAAUACGUUACUUUUGUAUUUUUUAAACAAAUAAAAUAUAAUUAAAGAAAUGUGUAGUUAAUUAUUCUUAUAUAUUUGCUUAUUUCUAAUAUUAUUGUAACUUUCUCAGGAUUAUGUGUAAAUCAGUUUCCAAAAUGUAAAAUAAUUAAACAUUUUAAUUUCAUAUUAUCAUCAAGUUCAAGCUGUGGGUGAUUUGUAUUCCACAGAUAGUGGAGAUAAGAAAUGUUUAUAGAUUUAACAUCAUUGAAAGAGGGCUGAAGAACUAUAAUUAAUUUUCUAGUGCUGUUACACAGAAGGUCAAAUCAUAGACCGUUUCCUCAGUUUCCUUCAGUUGUGUACCCUGAGUUGGGCCUUAGCUUAACGUGCCAUUUUUCUUGUUCUUCUGUUAUGUUCUGCGCUUCAACCUGUGCUAUAUUUUGGCAGUUUCCUUUUCUCUGGCUAUCUUUCCAAUUCCCCUUAACCUUCUUUAAUGAGAAUCUUAAAUGAAGUGCAGAAGCAAGUGUGGCUGCUGAUUUCUAGUAACAUGCCAGGCUGUAGUGCCAGGACUCCAAUAUAAAGCCCCUUGAUGAGAUUCCUGCCACUCCUCCUGCUGUAAGGUAAGAUUCUGAAGUGACAGGCUGUGUGAAACAAUUGCUUUGCUUUAACACCUAUAUACAGCUUGGGAUUUUCCUCUGUCAUCACAAAGUCACUGCUAAAGAAAUGUUCAUUAGCAAGAGGGUUCUCUCUCCAAGCCAAGCAGAAAGGCUUUAAGUUUGGCACUCUGAGCAGAAGUUAGUGCCUCAGUCACUGGUAUUUUACACUUUGUUCUCACUGAGGGAGUUUAGUUUCAUCAACAUCUGCCUGGGUAUAAUAUCCAGCUAUUGCCCUUUUGUUGAAGGCUCCUUGACUUAGGUUCUCUUGCUAGUCUGGAGGUUUUGCUGGGCUGAGCAGGCAGUGUUGCAGUGCUCCCAGACAGACUUGUAAUGGGAGUUGAACCUCAUUUUGUUCAAAUCACACUGCUCAAGGCAACUCUGCACGAUGUGCCUGAUACUGCACCUUUAUGUAGUGGUUUUCACCCUGACAAUGGCACAGCUAGAGAGAGAAGACACCCAAGACAUGACAUAGUCCUCUUGCUCCAGGUGGUGUCCUAGAGGACACACGCUGGAUAACCAUUUUACCACUGUCACUCUUUAAUUUGAAGCAGGAAUUUAAGUUGUUUUCCUUUCACCAGCCUCAAAUCUACAGGAGAGAAACUACACUAUAAAUUAAGGAUGGGAAAAGGCCUUGGUGUAUUUUCCAGCUCUACCUUUCAAAUGGCCUGCAGAGUUGUGAGUUCUGUUGUGGAGAGGUUCAGAGUAAGGCUCUGAAACAAAGAGGGGCAUCUAAAAGUCUCCCAGGAUAGAGCAACUUUUGGAGAUCAGUGCAUUUGCCACAGCUUGUGACAUGAAGUUGCCUAAAGACUGAGCAGACUGACAUUUUGAAGAAAUUUGGUUGCUGAUCAAAGCCUGUUUUGCUUAUCUUUUUACAUGAAAAAUUGAUUUUAUCUUCCCAGGAAAUCUUUAAUGUGAUGAUAUCUAAAAGUGGUACUUGUUAAUUGAUAAUGGAUUUGAAAUAAGCUAUACAUUUUUGCAGGUGCUGUGUUAUCUCAAUUUUUGCUAUACAGACGGGCAUUAAAACCAUUUUACAACCUCAUUCCUACUAACUUUUAUUUAAAAUACGACAGCUGUCACUGCUGUCUUUUUUUACUUGUAUUUUUUUUUGUGUCGAUGUCCUUUUCAGCAGUUUGGAAAGUAUAUGCAAUUUUACAUUUCCUGUCAGCUGAGUUUGAUAGUAAAGGUAACAAUACAAAAUUACAAACAUUAACUAGUUUGUAGCUUUGUCCUUUUAAGAGAUUCAGUUGAAAUUUAGUGUUUUACUUGGGAUUGGAGAGUAAUGCAGCUCAUGGGUAUGUGAAGAUUGGCAAUUCAGUUGAGAUGUGUUAAUGAUCUCUGAGCAUUCUGCCUUCACAGAUCACACAGUGUUGAUUAUAGAUAACAUCAUAUCAGUUUGGCUGUUAUAUAAUUCAUAACAUACAGCCCUAUCAAAUAUGGGGACCGUGUGGCAUGAAAAAUAAUGCCUCAUAAUAAUUACUCUACUGUUGGAGGAAUCUUGCUACUAUUGGAUUAAUUGUUGUAUAUCAAGAGAAAGGGCAGAUGGAAAAGUCUUCAGAUAGUUGAAAAUACUGAGCAGCUGUAUGAAUUUUGUUACAGUGUUAAAAAAAGCUAAAAGUUAGCGGUGUUUAAAAUCUUACUGUAAUGAACUUGACCAAGAUUUUUGAGUACUGUUUGAGUCAGUAUUUUCUGCUCUACUCAAACAGCUCAUUUUAUGUAAAAUUAAUUCAGUUGCUCUCAUUUGUUUUUAACAAAAGCAUUUAGACUUGCUUUCCUGUCAGGAGAAAGUAAAAAAGGCAAAAUACUGAGUUGCUGAAAGCCUGCUACCUUCUACUGGCAUAAUCUCAGUGGCAAAAUCCUUCAACUAACCCCACCAUUUCCAGGAUCAGGGCACAGCACAAGAUGCUCAUCAGUUGAAGAGAAGCCUUGAGGAAAGAGGUAAGAACCAUUUCCUGCCAGUCAGUGGGGUUGCCUUACUGGUCUGAGCCAAAGAGUACAAAGGUGUGAGCCCCUCUGGAAACAAAGAGGUGUGAAUGUCCUGCAGUGAGUCGGGACAUCACUAGUUGUCAUUCUUUCACCAACUUCAAACUCAAGUGUGUAAAUAUAUAUAUAUAUAAGUGUGUAUAUAUAGUCUGCAAUUUGCUGUUGAAAGCAAAUGCAAAUUACAGCAGUGACCUUCCUUUUUCUGUUUUUCUCCUUGGGGGUUAAAAUGGCCAUUUUUCAUGCUUAUAACCAGUUCCAGUAUCUGACUUCAGCUCAUCAAGGUUUCUUGCAAAAAAAGUAAAUAA